AACAGCGGGGAGGCAGAGGCAGAUCAGAAUAUUUUUUUAAUCCAACCACGAAUACCGCGAAGAACGAUCGCAUGUGUUUAUUAAAUUAGCGUACAUUAGCGUCUCAAAUGUGCUGCUCGGCCUGCGCCUGAUUCCUGAGACGCUGCUUAAAACCGGAUAAACAUGGUUCUACACGUGUCCUGUACGAGAUAUCACUACAUCUUUUUCAAUGACGACGAACGAACACAACGGAUUACGCGCGCCAACCAGCUCAUGCGCUGGGACCGGCUACAUCAGAUGGAGUGGGUCACGGUCGCCGACGGUGACCGGCGAAUACCACCGAAUGCCGUAGUCGGUGGCCACUAUGGCCGUACCACACUCUACAUAGGCCGAUCGUUUCACGAGGGUUCCAUUACGCCGGGAUACGUGACGAGGGACGGGUACGAGUGCGCGCUGCCCUGGGGUGGAAAGAUGCACAAAAAGCGCCGAUACGAGGUCCUCUGUACUCCCGGUGAGUUUGUGCCCUUCAACGACGAUACGACGCUUCUACACGCGACCCCGGCCGGCGUAUCGGAGCAAGGAGAACCACUGUACAUUGGCCGGGUCCGCCACAAUGGCAAACUCAUCAACGGCAAAAUUCAGCGUUCGCACAACGUCUGCUACAUACCGUACGAUGGGAAGGAGCUUAACUUUAAGGACUACGAGAUCUUUGUACGAUCCCCGAUCGUGCCGUCGCGACGAUAAAGAAGACACCGGCAGGCAGGCCGACUGAUAUUCCGGAAAAGAAUCCAAGAAUUUGGCCCAAGGCCACCAUCAAUUUUUCGGACUGAACAAAGAGGGCUGUGGCUGUGUUUGCUGCUGGUGGUUGUUGAGGUGCAAAUGGUGAUGAGAUACUUUUAUUUUAUUAAACUGUAUUUACAACACAUAAACGGCAGCAUCGAAGCUUUAUUGCUCGCAGCGCAAUAGAAAGUGCACAGUGUAACGUGCACGGCACAAAUAUGGUACGCGAUGGCACAAUUGGAACACGGACAAGCAAAGGGGGCGCCUAUGGCGAUUUCUCAGUGGAGAGAGCUAAUGUCGGAGCGGUCGUGGCCUCGUUGGAAAUAUACACAUCGUAGUCGG